AUGGACUUAGAGAGUGAUGUAGCUAACAAUGAGUUGGUCUUGUUGGUACCACUGAGCAUGGGCGGGAUUGGUUUGGGUAAGAUUGGCGAUGGUGGUUGUGGGUGUUGCGGUGGUAGAAGUGGAGGUUUGGGCAGAAGGUUGUUUAUGAGUGCCAUCGAUAAAUUUCCAGCGGUCAUGACCGACUAA